AUGGGCUCAUCGGAGCAGCAAGAUUUGGCACCGGAUGCCUCAAAAGCUGCCGUCUCGCCAGCACGCAGCGACAAGAGCAGCGACAGUGAGGGCAGGCCGGUCCGCGAGAAAUUCUCCAAGACGAGCAUUGAUGCCACCGCAAAUCCCAUACCGAACCUACGGCAAACCACGACAAACAAAGCAAACGGCAGUGUGCAGCCAGGAAGCCGCAGCGCAUCAGGAUCAGACAGCGAGCGCGGACGGUUACGGAGGAAGCGCAGCCGAGAAGAUCUUGGGGAUGAUGUUGAGGCAGACCAGCAACCUGACAAGAAGCAAGAACGACUAGAGAGGUCCUCGGCGAAGCCUGAGAGGCAUGUGCGCAAGCGAUCGAGAGAUCUCACCAAGGACCUUGAGGCUGGGGCCCUGGCCAAACCCACGUCUAGCUCCGUUUCCAGGAUCGAAGAAACUGAUGCUGAGAUGGCGUCUCCGAGCAAGGAUGCAUCGAAGCCAACAGAUGCCAAAUCUUCCACCGGUUCAAGCCCAAAGAACAAGCGCCCACGCGACGAGACGGAGGGCUCCGAGGCCCCUGAAGUAAGCACAAAGGACGCGCCUGUAAACGGCCAAACAGCCUCGAAGGCAGGAGACGAGCGCGAAUCGAAACGAGUGCGGGACAAAGAAGAAGCCAAGCCUCCGACCCCCAUUCCUGCUGGCAGCGGGUUCGCGAAUACGUCUGCAGCAUCUCCAUUCGCCGCCAUGGCUGCAAAGCCUGCAGCACCCAAGGCCUCUGACAAGACGGAAGCUCUACCCCAGACAUCGGAGGACAAGUUUAAGGCUUCCGCAUUUGGCAGCUUAGCAAACUCGAGCACUUCGCCUUUCGGUGGAUUUGCUGCUGUUGCUAAGUCGGGAUCUCAGUUUGGCGGUGCACCCAGACUCAGCUCCUUUGCCUCGCCCUCGGCAACUUCAUCCACACCAACAACGUCUUCUGGAAGUGGUUUUGGCUCGCUGGGCGGUGCUAAGACCAGCUUUGGCAGUGGGAGUAUCUUCGGUGGUGCAUCAAGCAGCCCCUUUGGCGGCUCUUUUGCCUCGAAGCCGCCCAGCACUACUUCGUUCGCAACACCAGGUGCUCCAGGCAUCACCGGUCUUAGCUCGAAGCCUGAGCGCGCUUUUGGUGCCCCUGGCGACAAAGUACAGGAGGAUGGCUCCGACCAGGACGAUGACGACGCAGACAAGACAGAAAAGGAUGCAGACGAAGAUCAGCGGCCAAGCGCGUCUCUGUCUAGUGCAGCCCCCAAGGAGACAGGCGAAGAGAACGAAACUUCGGCAUGGAUCGGUCGCGCAAAGCUAUAUACCAUGGAUGGCGAAGGUAAGGAGCGAGGGUGGAAAGAACGUGGCGUCGGUAACAUCAAGCUCAACGUUACCCUGGACGAGCCACGAAAAGCACGCUUUGUUCUGCGUGCGGAUGGCACACACCGUCUCAUCUUGAACGCUGCCGUCACAAAGCAAUUGGUCUUUGGCGCAGACUCGCAAGGGGCAAAGCCCAAGGACGGUCGGCUGCUGUUCAACUCGCCAAACGCAGACGGGAACUUGGAGAUGCAUCUUCUCAAGCUGAAGUCGGAACGCGCCGUUGAGCUCUGGGAGCAGGUCGCCAAGGUUCAAGAAGAGGAGCUGUAG